CGAAUCCAUCAGCAUUAAUUUUGUCUGGAGUAUUGAUGUUACGUCAUUUAGGAUUAGAUGAUUAUGCUUCCAGAAUUCAUAAUGCUGUUAAACAAACGAUUCAACGUGGAGCGGCUAAAACACCUGAUAUGGGAG